AUGUUAAAUGAGAGAUAUGACAAUCAACGAGUCAUUGUGCAGAAGCAUAUCAAAACCAUUUUUGAUAUGCCAAUAUUAUCAAGAGAAAGUCACACGGAGCUUCGGCAGCUUUUAGACACAAUUUUGAAGCAUUUACGGGCCCUUAAGGUUCUAAAACGUCGCACGGAUCAUUGGGAUGACCUUCUUAUUCACGUGGUCACCAGCAAGCUGGCACCUAUCACGAACAAGGAAUGGGAGACCAGCCUAAAGAGUGCCAAUGUUCCAACGUUUAAGGAAUUGAUCGAAUUCUUAUCUCAGCAAUGCCGAGCGUUAGAAGCCGUCGAUAGGAAACCGCAGAUCGCAGCGUGUCCCAGUAAGUUUGACAAAGGCGGCACGAAGAAAGCUACGACCGCCCAUGUAGCGGUCACUAAAACGCCAUGCAUCUUUUGUAAAGGAGAUCAUCCAAUUUUCCGUUGUGACAAGUUCAUCGCGCUGUCCGGCGACAAAAGGCUACAAGAAGUAAAGGAACGCAAGUUUUGCCUAAACUGUCUGAAAUCUACUGAGCAUAGAGCAAAACAGUGCACCGCCGGAUCGUGCAAAAAGUGUAACAAAAGACAUAAUACACUAAUUCACAUCGAGUCAAACAAGCAGGUCGAGAAUGUGGAAAAUGACGCAUCAAGCUCUCGUCCAAAUCCAGAACCGUCAGCCGCCAGCGUGAAUCAUAUAGCCUGUAAAGAAGGACAUCAAUUCUUGUUGUCAAUGGCAAUCAUCCAAGUCAAGAACGCCAAGAGAAAAAUCACUUUGGCGGAUCCCGACUUUAUGGAAUCGUCAAGAAUCGACAUGCUCUUAGGGGUUGAAGUGUUUUGGGAUUUCAUGUGCGUAGGACAAAUAAAGAAAAUGGAGAGUCAGCCGUGCUGGCAAAAAACGCAUUUGGGCUGGAUUGUAGCGGGUGGAAUUCAAACAAGGUCUUGCUCAGCAACAACAGCAUGCACUCUGGCUACAAACGAAGAAUUAAAUCAAAAUAUAAAACGGUUUUGGAAAAUCGAGCAUGGCGCGCGGAAUCAAGAAAUGUCGCAUAAAGAACGAAAAUGGUUAAGGCAUUUUGAAGAGAAUUUUAAACGAAACGCGGAAGGUAAAUUUGUCGCCAAGCUCCCAAUUAAGCGCAAAGAAAUGGCGCGUCUUGGACCGUCUAAGGAUACGGCGAUAUCUCGUUUCAAGGGACUGGAAAGACGACUCGAACGUCAGCCGGAAAUUAAGAGAAGAUACGUAGAAUUUAUGAAUAAAUACAAACUAUUAGGACACAUGAGAGAAGUCACGACUGCGAAUACAACAGCGAUGCCGCACUAUUACUUACCCCACCGCUGCGUCAUUAAGGAAGAAAAUUCUACAACUAAGUUGAGGGUGGUGUUUGACGCCUCCUGCAAGACAGCAUCCGGUGUCUCCCUCAAUGACACGCUUUUAGUCGGUCCCACGUUACAGCAAGAUCUGCUAUCAAUUGUCGUAAGAUAUUCAAGUAUGUUUUGA